CAGCUGAUUGAAUUCCCAAGGCAGCAGCAACAGAACACGCAGCAAUAAUUCAUUUGUUGGUUGCAAUUGUUUAUUGUUGCACUUUUCUCGCAUUUAAUUCGCAUUAGUUAACAUGUCAUUCCUGCGAAAAUCCCGUAAUCUGUUCAAUGCUGUUGGCGCUGCCCGCCAAAAUGCCAAACUGUUUAAUGCUGCGAUAGCUCAGCGUUGCUACAGUUCAAAGUCAGAGGAUGAUGGUGCCACAUUUCCAGGGGCACGCAAUGCGUCAUUCGUGAACGAUCUGAAACUAACGCUGCCUGAGGAUUAUGCUCCCAUUCCCAUCUAUCGUGUGAUGGAUCGCGAUGGCUACAUUCUCAAUAAAAACGAGGAUCCCCAGCUGAGUCAAGAGGUGGUCGAGAAAAUGUUCCGUGACAUGCUACUGCUGUCCACCAUGGACAAGAUCCUGUAUGAAUCACAACGUCAGGGUCGCAUCUCUUUUUACAUGACGAACUUUGGCGAGGAAGCAUCGCACAUUGGCAGCGCAGCUGCCUUGGAGAUGCGCGACAUCAUCUAUGGCCAGUAUCGGGAGGCUGGUGUGUUGGUGUGGCGUGGCUUCCGCAUCGAUCAAUUCAUCGAUCAGUGCUAUGGCAAUGUAGAUGAUUUGGGACGUGGCAAACAGAUGCCAGUACACUAUGGCUCCAAGGAGCUGAACUUUGUCACCAUCUCUAGUCCACUGUCCACGCAAAUUCCCCAAGCUGUAGGUGCUGCCUACGCCUUGAAGCGACGACCCGACAACGAUGCCUGUGUCAUCUGCUAUUUUGGUGAAGGUGCUGCCUCCGAAGGUGAUACACACGCUGCUUUCAACUUUGCCGCCACACUCGAGUGUCCAGUCAUACUCUUCUGUCGCAACAAUGGUUUUGCGAUCUCCACGCCAUCCAAUGAACAGUACCGCGGUGAUGGCAUCGCUGGUCGUGGUCCCAUGGGUUAUGGCAUUGCCACCAUUCGUGUUGAUGGUACUGAUGUGUUCGCCGUCUACAAUGCAAUGAAGAAGGCUAGGGAGUAUGUGCUUCGCGAGAACAAACCGAUUGUGUUCGAGGCCUUAGCAUAUCGUGUGGGACAUCACUCCACUUCGGAUGACAGCACAGCCUAUCGUUCAGCCGAUGAGAUCGACGUGUGGAACACUUUUGAGCAUCCCAUAUCCAAGCUCAAGAAGUACAUGGUCCACAAGGGCUGGUUCAACGAGCAGGAGGAGACGGAAUUUGUUAACAGCGUGCGCAAGCAAGUGUUGAAGCAAAUUGCCGUGUCGGAGAAGAAGCUGAAGCCCAAUUGGCGUGAGAUGUUCGAGGGUGUCUACGACACAAUUCCUGACCAUUUGCAGCAGCAGCAGCUUGAGCUGGAGCAGCACAUUGAGGCGCAUAAGGAAUUCUAUCCACUGAAGAGCUUCAAGCAAUAAAAUUGCCAACUCUAACGCGAAACUAUUCUACAAAAACUUAACCGGAGAGACUCAAUCGAAAGUGCAUUUAUUAAGCUUAAGCAAUAUUAUCGUUUUAUGUUUUGUUUUGCUGCUGGGUACAACCCAAAAGCAAAUCUCCUUUUUGUCAAAUGUUGUUAACUCAAUUUAAAUACUAUUCUUUGUAUUUUUUAUUUAGAAACAUGCUAUACAUUUUUGGUGUUUUUAAAGACUUGUAACAAAUAGUCGAAAUAAAAUGUGUGUAUAUGGAUAAAUGAAAAAUAUUGUCGCGCUGUGGAAAAUGUGUUAAAAUUUAUUAGUUUGAUUUACAUACAAAUACAAAUACAAAUAGAAUACGCAGAAGAAAACAAUACAAUAUUUAUAAUUAGGUGUAUAAUUUCUGCUGAAGUGUAAAUUCCAUUCCAAUUUAAAAACACUCCAUGCUAAAUGUUUUGUAAAUUCAGGAAAUGGCAAAAAAUAUUUGGUGUCACAUUAAGCAUCUAUUUUCCACAAGGAAAUCAAAUAGUUGAAUUCAUCGAAUGCAAUUUACAAAUCAGCAGGAAGCCAACACGAACCGUUUAAUAAUAUAAUUUUUGACUUAACGCACAUAAUAGUUCAGGGCACGCGCACUGUGAAGGUGAAGAAGCUAUCUAACAUACUCCUCUUACUCACUUGAGGGAUGGAAACGAAACAAGGACUCUUUGAAGCGUAAGCUUGGCUGGAAUGUGUCUCAAAUGCGUCCAGCGACUCAAUUGGUGCGCAACUGAUAGUCGCCAUUCUGUGUGAUAUAGCGCACCCAAGGCAACGCCUGAUAGCCGCUCUUCUCGAUGAUCUUUAGGUAACGCACCUGAAUACCCGAUGUUGUAAAAUAUGGUAUCUCGAAGCGCACCUGUAUCGGUGGCUUGCCCUCCGUAUUGUCCUCGCUCUCCACGCUUGGCAGCCCAAAGUGAGCACGCAUCAGAUACUCUUUGCCACCCGGAAACGAUUUGAUCGUCCAGAUGAUCGCGUUCUGUUCCGGCGCAUAUUUGCAACUGCCAAUGGUUGUCUUGAAUUUAGGUGAAUCGGCAUCAGCCGGCACUGGGAUAACAAUUUCCACGUUGUUCGCAGUUGAACGGCGUUUGAAUUGAGAUUUCGCCUUGAUCAUGUACUCGACACGCGAAUGCGCAUGUCGCUCGAUCACCGAUUCAAUCCAGAUCAAAGGUUUAACCUGUCAAAUUUACAAAUGUUUUAGGUAGGUUCGGUGGUAAGCAAUGCUAGCAACUUACAUGCGUGUUGAGGCGAUACGACAUCAAUUCAAAUUCACCAUCGGGCGGUAUGAAGGAGAUGGUACGAUCGUUCUCGAACCGCGACAGACGCACACACUGAUGGAACUUAACAUCCUCUAGCUCCACAGACUUUGAUUUGCCGCGUCCCGUGCUCUCGAAGAGCACCUUAUCAUUCAGCCCCAAACGCAACUCGGGCAUGCCCGACAAAUAGACGCGCAUCUUGAUGGCUCCCACAAUUUCGCUGCGCAGCACAUUGCCAUUGGCAUUGGCCAGCAGAUUGACGGAUUCAAUAACAUCCAGGAAUACCUCGUUCUUACGAUACUUGAUGCCCUCUGAACGCCAGGAAACGGCAUUUGUCACCGCCACAGGAAUGCGCGGUUGUAGCUCGAGUUUGUGACCCUCCUGUGUGAUGUAUUCCUGGAGGAUUUUCGAGUCUGUCGUCUGGGGAUAGCCAAAGUCGAUGAGUUCAUCGAGCAGUUCGUAGAUGAUAACGAAAUUGUCGCGUAUUGAUUCCUCCUCCAGCUCUUUGAAGUAUUCGACAAACACCUGUGC